UUUUAUGCGUUUGUCUCUUGUACCUCCUUUCUGUAGCUCUUAUAUAAGCAUGUUUUCCAACCAACACAUUGCAAACGAGUAUUGCAGCUGCUUAAGUUAGAACAAACAACAACUUGCAAUUCUUUUACUCGAUAUGAUAUGCAUCUUAAUAGCUGUUAGAGCCAAUUCUACGUCGUUCGUGCAGAGAGCUUUGAUUAUAACUACAGAGCUAUAUCCGCUGAGCUCUUUUCCAAAGUACAUCCAUUUUCUUGGCCUAUACACUCUCCGGCUCACUUAACUGGCACUAUAUUAGUCAAGCUUAAUGAUGUCCAAUUCGUACCGUUUUGCUCCGGUCAGUAGCAAAGAUAAUGCUUUCAAUUCAAUUCAGCACCAACUUGAUAUUGGAGAUUCAAGCUCGUCGUUAACCAUGAAUCUUGAGGAAUUUGGAGGUGCUUUUGAUCCAAUAGACAUCCUUUCUAGUUGGAAAAUCUCCCAGCGCCAACAAGCUGCGACAAAAUUGGCUGCGGACUCUGUUGCUGCUAAAUCAGGAUCAGGUCCAAUCAAGAAUUGUGCUAAAAUGAGUUCUUUCUAUAAUUUUCCUCCACAGAACAACUAUUAUUUGCCCAAUUACUUCGGUAACGAUCAAUUGGGAGCUUGUGGGGUAAUGGCUGAUUUUGGUUCAAAUGGCCUAAUCUCAAAGAGCAGAUCCCCUGAUUGUUUGCUCUCUACAACCAACACAAGCAACACCGACACAUCCGUCGAAGAUGAUGGAAUUUCCAUGAUUUUGACUGAUGAUUCCAAAAGUUUGUGGGAUGUCAACACUGACAAAGCAGCUUCAUCUGGAGAAUCUGCAAUUGAUGCCAAUGAUUGCAACAAUAUUCAGUGCCCUGUUAAUGAGAUUGAUGAGACUAUCUCGCGUACUUCUUCAUAUCAUCCACAUAACAAUCCGAUAAGAUGUUCGGAAGCAAGGUGUUACAUGGCCAAGAGAAGCCAUGAUCAAGCUCUGCUCGAAUCCGCAGAUUCCUCCACGAAAGACUCCAAGCUCAUUUCGGAAAAUGAUCAACCCAAGUCCAAGAAAUCCAGAUCAUCAGAAUAUAAGCUUCCAAGCUCAUCAAACAUCAAUUUCCAGCUAGUUAGCUCGUCGGCAUAUUCAGUAGAUGAACCUGAUUCAGAAGCAACUGCGCAAAUGAAGGAGAUGAUUUAUCGCGCUGCAGCAUUCAGGCCACUGACCUCUGUUGACAUGGAAGUGAUCAUGGAGAAGAAGCCAAAGAGGAAGAAUGUAAGAAUAUCAACAGAUCCACAGACAGCGGCAGCGAGACGAAGGAGGGAAAGGAUAAGUGAAAGAAUAAGGUUAUUGCAGAAGCUGGUACCAGGAGGAACUAAGAUGGACACUGCAUCCAUGCUUGAUGAGGCUGCUAACUAUCUCAAGUUCUUGAGGACACAAGUCAAAGCUCUGGAAGACUUUGGUUAUAAAAUAGAUCCAAUUAAUAUUAGUACUAAUAACUUUAGUUCUUUAUCUUCAAUACCUUUCAACUACCCAUUUCCCAUGCAACCCCAUUUUCCUCUACUAAACCUCAACCCAAUCCAUCACCCCAAGUGUUGACAUGUAAGAUUCCGGAAAGAGUUUAAUUUAUAUACAG